UUAAAUUUAAAUAACUGUUUUUUUUUAAAUUAGUACGCUUGAAAUUAAUAAAACAAAUUUUUAUGACACAUGCAAAUGUUUUUUAUAAGCAAAGAAAAAGAAUAGCUAAAUAAUAACUAUAAUUGAUAUAUUACAACUUUGCAAUAGUUGUAUUAUACCAACAUUAUAAUUCAGAACAAAUCACUGAAAGAAAAGUUAUAGGGAAAUAUAAUUAUAUUGAAGUCACAUUAUAAAUGCAAUUUGUGUAUUUAAAUCAGUCUUAAAAGAAAAUGGAAUACAAAAGGUUUCAGAGGAUGAAUUAUACUUUCAAAAAUGCUGAAGACGCUAGGAGAGUACUGGGAAUCGAGGGAACUGAUCCUUCAGAAGUUUUCAGUUUGACAUUUUUUGUUCCACUGUGCUCACUUCUUGUUUGGCUGAUUGCUUCAAUUACUUCUAUAUCUAACAAGGCUAUUCAACUUCUAGAAUUAUGUUUACUCAAUAUAAUUAUGCUCAUGGCAGUAACAUUGUUUGAAGACCAUCUUCAAGUAGUACUUGGAAUUCUUGUGUUUCUAAUUUUUGUCCUGCUUUAUAUUUCUGUUUUGAUAAAUUCUGCCAAUAAGGAAAUUAAAUAUGUCUUAAAGGAUGUAAGCGUGCCGAAAAGAAAUAUCAACAAAGAUUUUGUUACAGGUUACAGAGGACAUUUACUUUUAGCAACAGCUACUAGCAUUUUAGCUGUUGAUUUUAAUUUUUUUCCUGUACGUUUUGCAAAGACUGAAACUUAUGGAUGGUCAAUGAUGGAUGCUGGUGUUGGUUCUUUCAUUCUUCUUCAAGGCUUAUGCUCUUCACAUGGAAAAAGUUUAACUGCUCAGCAUAGUCUGAAAAAAUGCUUCAUGUCUUCAUUUCCUAUUUUUUUAAUUGGAUUCAUUCGACUUGUUACCACUACAGCAGUUGGUUAUCAUAAAGUUGUACCUGAAUAUGGUGUACAUUGGAAUUUCUUUUUUACAUUCGCUUUAACAAAGAUGAUAUGCUACACUAUAUUAUAUGCUGUUAAACUUCCUUCUGGAUUGUUGGCUAUAGUUACAGUUGCCAUUCAUCAGUUAAUAUUAUCUAAAGCUGGCUUGGCUACCUUGAUAGUGUCUGAAACGCGCCGAAACUUUUUCGAAGCAAACAAGGAAGGCAUUGGCUCUUUGUUAGGUUUCGUUACUUUGUAUUUUAGUGGUGUUCAACUUGGGAAGAUUGUAUGGAAACAAGGAUAUAAAAUUAGCGAUUAUAUAAAACUGCUCCUAAAAUUAUGUGCAAUUGGUGCAGCCGGUUGGAUAUUGAUGUAUAUGUUUCAUUUCUCUUUACAACCAGUUUCCAGAAGAAUGGCAAAUUUGCCUUAUUGCAUUUGGGUGCUAGCUCUUGUAAACCUACAACUCGCAAUUCAUUUAUGCCAAGAAAUCAUCAUUACCAUUUUAUGUAAAAUCCUCAAAAACAAUUACUGUGAAUAUUUAUUAUGGAAAGUCCUCAACUACAAUGCACUUUUUUAUUUCCUUUUCUCCAAUCUGUUGACAGGAUUGGUUAAUCUUUCUGUAAACACUGCAAAAGCAUCUACUUUCAAGUCAGUUAUAAUUUUGAUAUUAUAUCAAACAAUUCUUACUGCUGCAUCCCUGGUUAAUUAUAAAUUUUCUAUUAGAUUGAAGUUUUGGUAAGAAACAUAGUGUGCAUGCUUAUGCAAUAUGCACACAUAUCAGUUUUGGUCAUUUGACAAAAUAUUCAAUGACAUUUUCUUAGAAAUGUGUUUCUUUCACAUGGCACAGCACAGUUUUUUUCCCUGUGUUCAAUUAUUUCCACUGCUUUUUUAAAUACAGCCAUUUUUAUUAUAGUGAUUAGGUUGUAUUGGAGUAGAAUAUUUAGUUUAAAAAGUUAUUUAACUCCUGAAAAGAAAUGAGAUCAUAACAAAAAUUUCAAAGUAAUUUUGUUUACUUAAUUUUAGCAUUACAAUUAUAGUCUUAUGUAAUAAACUAGCUAAGAAAAGAACAUUUGAAUGGGAAACUGAAAAUUUAUGUAUCAAGGGUGGUAGAGUGAUUUUUUACUAUUCAUAAAGGAAGAUUUUAAAAAAAAUGAGUAAUAUAUUUGAAUAUAGGAAACUGCAAAAAUGAUAUCAAAAAUAUAUUUCAGAGCAAAAUAAUAGAUUAAAUAUUAUGAUUACAGGUGCAUAUGAAAUUUAAAUAAUAUUGAUAUAUUUUAAAUCACCAAACAAAUUUGUAGGUUAAAAAAAAAAAAUGUGGAAAAAUUUAGAAUUUUGUUUCAUACAUUAUUAGUUUAUAAACACUAAUAUAGCUCUUUUGACUUAGUGAGCAUGCAUUUUAUAUAUACUCAAUAAACAUGGAACUUUUUAAAAAAAUAAUUGCUAAUUGUGUAGGAUUUAAAUAUUGUUGAUUAUUCUUAUUUCAUUAGAGAAUUAUGUAAAAUUUAUUACUGAAGAAAUUCAAAGCAUGGCAAAUAUUCAACAAAAAUUAUUAAAAUUAAUUAGCACUAGAACUACUACUUAUCUAUGACAUUGACAUAGAUUCAACCAGAGAUCAUGUCAUUUUGACUGGUCAGUAGUUCCAGGGUUAAAAUAACAAUAAUAAUAUUGCAAUUAUAAAACACAAUUAUUAUUAAUGAAAACAAAGAUAGAUGGAUAGAAAGUAUACAAAAUCAUUAAUAUAAUUUUAAAACAUAAUGGUCGGCAAGUUAGAAUGUAGAAAAAUAUUCCACAUGUGUGAAAUGUGGUAUAUUUUCAGAUGGCUGCAACUGGUGAGAGACUUCCAACAACUUAAACCACUAAUAAAAGUAAUACUUUUAAUGAUUUCAAUAUUUUUUAGGAUUAGUUGAAAUUAAUAUAAACUCUAAAGAAAUAAAUAUAAUUUAAUAAAGUUUAGAAAAUAUUCAAUUAUAUAUAUAUAUAUAUAUAUAUUAUGAAAAGAGAAGGAUGGAGUUACUAAUUGACAACAAUAAGGUAAUGCAGAUAAUAUGAACAAAAUCUGUGUAAUGUACAAGUAUCAGUUGGAGUAUAUUUAUUACUGAAUAGGCAAUCAGCAUAUAAUUAUUUAUUAUAUCAUAGAGAUCAGGUGGUAUGCAAAUUUCUACUUUCUUUGUUCCACUAAAGGAAUUUGAAUGCUCAUCAUUUGAUGAAAGCAACCAAAAUUGAUGUGUAUGCAAACAGCCUUAAACCAAUCUAUGCAAUAUUAUAUAAUAGGAACAUUUGUAGUUAUAUUGCUAACAUAUAUUUAUAAAUGUUGAAAAGAACUUUCACUAGAAAUUCACAGAUUUUUUUUCUGAUAGAAUAUGUAUUAAAAGAUAAUCUAAUCUUAUUGUUUUUUAUAUAUACAUUAUUAAAAUCUUUAAGUAAGAAAAUGAUUUAUUUUUAUAUGUUUAGGUUGUCCAUGUUGCUGUAUACAGUAAACUUUUUUUAUUUAUUUAUCUGCAAAAAACACAACCGAAUUUCAUAUAGAAUUAAUAUUAUGCAAGGACACAACAUUAAUUUAAUAAUGAAAUGAUAUGGCGUGUGAAGUCAUAUGUGAAUUAAAUCCAAGUUGCAAAAAAAAGACAGUCUUGUUACCGCAUACCAAAUCAAAAAGAAAAAUUCAAUGUAAAAUAAAAUUCAGUACUCUUGUAUUAAAUAGUGUCAUGAAGUAAAAUUAUGAAGAGUGUUCUACAUUGUAUCAUAAAAACUAAUAUUUACAUUGAUAUUUUUUUUUUAAUUAGGUAAUAAAAAAAUUUCAUUGCAACUAUUAUAUUUAAUUGCUCGUUUCUUUACAUCCAUGUUGUGAAACUUUACAUUAUUUAGCAAUUUGUAGUACUGAUCCUUUUAAAGUUUUUUUUUUUUUUUUCUUCUUCUUCUUUGUAACUUUUGUGUUAAAUUUUUCUUCUUUUUGAAAGCUAUUACCCUUUGACUAGAAUAACCUACGCCUUUCCUGGCAUAGUUGUAAUGAAUUCAUGUGCAUAGAAGUUCUUAUGUCAAUUGCAGAUGUAUAUCAAAAUCUGAAUUCUUAUAUUAUUUAAAUCUUUACCUUAAUACUAUGUUUUUUUACAAUUUGUUCUGUUGUCCACUUGAAGUUGUGAUGGCACUGUCAUGGAAAUUAUUGUAAAAUAAAAAUUUAAUAUAACAAUUAUAUAGAUUUUCUCAAAACUACAAAUUACAACAGAGUAAUUGCUAUAUUUUCUUUGAAUGUAUUUAUCAUUGUAAUUGCAGUUUUCCAUUAAUGGUGCAGUUUUGUAUAAAUAUCCAACCAGAAAAGUUUUAAUUUGAAUUUGUUAAAUUACAAUUCUAUUUUGAAAUUACAUAACUUUUAAAAUUAUAAAAAAAAACCAGAUUAAUUUAAAACUAUUAUCAAAUUACAGAGAUAAAAUUUGGAUUAGUCUCUUACAUUAUAUAUUAGUCACACAUAUAUUGUGGAUUUUUGUGAGUCAAGAUUUGUCUUUUUAUAAAAGAUCUUUUGGUGAUAAAACUAAAACUAUACCAUGAAGUCAAUAUAGCUUUAAACGCUACUUCAUUAUAAUUAUAAUAUUUUCUUGAUCAUAAUAUAUGAAUGACUUUAACUAUACAUAUAGCCAAACUGUGGAACCUAUUAUAGAUCUAGUAUAAAUCAUUUUAGAAAAAAAAUUAGAUAAUAAAUAUUGCUUUCUCUUGAUAAAAGUAUCCUUUUUCAGUAUCAUGUGCAAUAUUUUCUUCAUAAUACUAUUGCUUUUUGCAAAUAUUCAAAGACUAAAUAAUUAUUUGAUGAUUCUGUGAUUGUUUUUACUUAAAAUGCUUUUUUGACUGUGAUAAACUCAUAUAUAGUAUAAAAGAGUUAACUACAUUCCAAUUUUGUUAAGAGUUUGAUAUCUUUAUACAAGAA